CGAUGGGCCUCAUAUAGCGAAAGACUUUAGCAGGGGACUUCUUUUACCUAGCUACGUUAAUAGGGAUAGCAAUGUAGCAAACCACAUCCUCACCAUCGCUUUGUUUAUAAUCCUCUAAAAACGACUGGAUAAACCUAUCAGACACUCCGUGUGCAAACAGCAGCUGUAUUCGUCCUCUUUUCAGUUUUUUUGCAUUUUAUGUAGCUAGCUGAGCUAACGUUAGCUCAUAAAUCAGCGCUUCUGCCUGAUGGUGCCUUUAGCUGAUCAUACAUUUUCACAAACUUCUCUUUUGUCAAACAUCUGAUUCAGCAGCUUCCAGCUGUAUACGCUUUAAAACGAAAGUGCAUGUGGAUUAUCGUUAUUCAUAUGGCGGGUGGCGAUGCGAGGAAAGCUCAGAAUUGGUUGUGUAACGUUAUUCUCGUUAUUCUGCUCUGCUUUCUAGGCGUUCAGGUAGAAAAGUUUUCUAGCUAACUGACUAACGUCUUCUGCUCGUCUUCACUCCGGAGCGUUGGCACAGCGAGCGUUUCCUCUUUCGUGUUCUUAUGAAUGGUGAUACCAGCCGCAUGACUUUAUAUGGCUUCACAUGCCUUCUGUCAAAUGAGAAGAGGACUGACCAUCCAUAUUUAACGCGAAACUUGCAAGCUGUAAUGAUUUUUAAGUGAAGCGCUAUUAUUGGACGAUGGAGGACGAUGGGAGACCACUUUUGGGCUCAAUUCAAGCAGGAGACUACUACUCAGACCAGACAGACUCGCUGGAUCCCAGACAAAGAAGGCCUUUCCAUGUGGAGCCCAAAAACAUAGUGGAGGACUCUGCUCAGGAGCGAGUGUCUGCUGAGGCUUCAGCACUAAACAGCAGAGUUCACUACUACAGUCGCCUGACCGCCUCCUCAGACAGACUUCUGGCUCCUCCAGACCAUGUGAUCCCUCCACCUGAAGAAAUCUACAUAUACAGCCCUCUGGGAACAGCAUUUAAAGUGCAUGGGAAAGAUGGUGCUUCCAAAAACCCCAGCAUUGUCACCAUCUUUGCUAUAUGGAAUACAAUGAUGGGAACGUCUAUACUGAGCAUACCAUGGGGAAUAAAGCAGGCUGGUUUCACCUUGGGGAUCAUCAUCCUCAUCUUAAUGGGCUUACUGACCCUCUACUGCUGUUACAGAGUACUCAAGUCCCCUAAAUCAAUACCUUAUAUAGAUACCUCAGACUGGGAGUUUCCUGAUGUAUGUAAAUAUUACUUUGGGGCCUUUGGACAGUGGUCCAGUCUGCUCUUCUCUCUGGUGUCGCUGAUUGGAGCGAUGGUGGUCUACUGGGUUCUCAUGUCCAACUUUCUGUUCAACACUGGGAAGUUCAUCUACAACUUCGUUCACAAUGUCAACCUGUCUGACUCAGAGUUUGGGACAAAUGGAACAGACAGGGUGGUGUGUCCAUAUCCGGACGUGAAUCCGCACAGAUACAACAACUAUACCGUUUAUCUCGGAGACAACAACACAGACACAGCUGUGUUUGACCACUGGUGGAGUAAAACCAACACUAUCCCCUUCUACCUUAUCAUCCUGCUGCUGCCGUUGCUGAACUUCCGCUCCGCCUCCUUCUUCGCCAGGUUCACAUUUCUGGGCACUGGUUCAGUGAUCUACCUUAUUGUUUUAGUCACCAUCAAAGCCUUUCGACUUGGAUUUCACCUGGAGUUCCACUGGUUUCAUUCCACUGAGCUUUUUGUUCCAGAAUUCAGGGUACUGUUUCCUCAGCUGACUGGUGUUCUUACAUUGGCCUUUUUCAUUCACAACUGCAUCAUCACCCUCAUGAAAAACAACAGAAAUCAGGAGAAUAACGUACGAGAUUUGUCCUUGGCUUACCUGUUAGUGGGAGUGACAUACCUGUAUGUGGGGGUGCUGAUCUUUGUGGCCUUUCCAUCUCCACCACUGCCUAAAGAGUGCCUGGAGCCAAACUUUCUGGAUAACUUCCCCAGCAGUGAUGUGUGGGUGUUUGUGGCUCGGACCUUCCUGCUGUUCCAGAUGACCACUGUCUACCCACUGCUGGGUUACCUGGUCCGGGUGCAGCUGAUGGGUCAGAUUUUUGGUGAACACUACCCCAGUUUCAUCCAUGUCUUCUUACUGAACGUCCUCAUUGUGAGUGCUGGGGUAUUCAUGGCCAGGUUUUACCCCAACAUUGGUUCCAUCAUCAGGUACUCUGGAGCCACAUGCGGCCUGGCUCUGGUCUUCGUCCUCCCCUCAGUCAUUCACAUGGUAGCUCUGAAGCGUUCUGGCGAUUUACGCUGGCCCUCUGCUUGCUUCCACAGUCUUAUUAUUUUGCUGGGAGUAGCUAAUCUCGUAGGCCAGUUUUUCAUGUAGCACCCUCUUUUCUUUAGCACACUGUCACUCACUCAUACUCAGUCUUCCUCCCUCACUUAGUCAUUAAGUACAGGGAGGUUGGUUCCACUCUCUGUUAUGGUAACGUACACUAGGUGGCAGUUCUGAUUGUAUUGGGGUGAUGGUUCUGGUAUUGUUAUGCUGAGGUUUGUACAAUAGGUAUAGGUAUACUAUAGAUAUCUGAAAUCAGAAGAGUUGUUUAGUUAGACUUUAUAACUUGUGUGCACGGUGUAUUAUGUAUAGUUUUUACAGGGCUUUCUGACUGAGAAAGCAUGUGAACAUAACAUCACAAGCUGUGUGUGACAACAAAUUGUAAAACAUCAAACUUUCAUGGUUUUUGGGCUUCCUGUGAAAUUAAUUCAACAAUGUACUCAAUAUAAUGUAACUUAUGUAACUGUAUUAACAAGGAGUCCUCAAAGCCCUGUGGAGUUGUGGAAGGUAAUGUGACACUGUUUUUAAGACAGAAUUAAUCUUAAUGUAUUAAAGGGAUGAAUAAAGGGAUCUUGCAGUGUCUCUGGAAACGGGUAUGACGAACAGACCGUAAAAACUGUGAUUCUUUAGCACUGCUGAUCUCGCUGUUCUCUUGAUAUAUUUUUGAAUUGCUAAUGCUUAUCUCCUCUGAUCGCUUUGAUUUGUACUUAAAGCGUUAGAAAGCCAUCAGUGUCUGCGAGGCUUAAAUUUGCACAUUAUGUGAAUCCCACAUGGAAUUUAAAGCAUGAAUCACUUUACAAGUUGUAUAUAGAUUUUUCUUGGGCAAGCAUCUUGUGCCCCUGUAUGUACUUUUAAUAAAUGUUCAAAUUUAUAGCAGUUAAUUA